UAGAAUCGGGGACCGGGAAACCCAACAUCCCAGAAUGCCAUGGUACUUCCUUUCUGAACGUGGUUUACUUUCUGAGAGUCAUCGAGGACAGCCGCACCGUCAAAAUGUCUGAUGCGGAAGGAGAUGAUCAACCAACCGUUGGCGCAGGAGCCAUGGACAUCAACACAGCCCUGCAAGAAGUGUUAAAAACUGCCCUCAUCCAUGAUGGGCUUGCCAGAGGUCUCCAUGAGUGCACAAAGACUCUUGACACUCGUCAAGCUGUUCUGUGCGUUCUGGCCAAUAACUGUGAUGAGCCUGGAUAUACCAAGCUUAUUGAGGCUCUCUGCGCUGAGCACACCAUCAACUUGAUCAAGAUUGAAACCAAGAAGAAACUUGGUGAGUGGGCCGGUCUCUGCAAGAUCGAUAAGGAUGGCAAACCUAGGAAGGUUGUCGGAUGCAGUUGUGUGGUAGUCAAGGAUUAUGGUAAAGAGACGCAAGCUUACGACGUCCUCACUGAGUACUUCAAAUCCAAGCACUAAUCGAGAUGCACAACAGUGGUUGCAAAUAACAUCUUGCAAAUUUUAUUUGUAAAUAUAAAUUCUACCACAAAAAUUAAAAAGGAAUACAACUGCUA